AGUCUUCAUUCUUUCAACGAUUGAAGUGCACACAAAAGAAAUUCUUUUCGCAAUAAAAUCAUAAAGAAAUUUUCAGUAAAUUUCCAUUCACGAAAAGACUUUCAAAAGCGCAACUGCAGCUUUAAAUUAAAUAUCUAAUUACAAAAGGAACUUCUUAUAAUCAUAUCAAAAAUGGUUUGGAUUUCGGAUUUAGAUGAUCCAAAGAUGAGCGCUAAAGUUCCUCAACCGAAAGCUGCUGAAGCCACGUCUGCUUUGGAUCAUCUCUGUCAAUUGGACCCCAACUCCAAGACAGCCUUCAUUCGUUUGACUGGCUUGAUUUGCACCAUUGGACCAGCUUCAAACAAGCCUGAGAUGUUAGAGAAGAUGAUGCAUGCUGGCAUGAACAUCGCUCGGUUGAAUAAGAGAAACUUGGGCUACAAAUAUGCUUUGGCUAUUGCACUUGACACAAAAGGACCUGAGAUUCGUACUGGUUUGAAUGCUGACAAAGGUGACAUCGCUUUAGUGCGUAACGGGAAAAUCAAAAUCACAACAAACAAAGAUUGGUUUGAAAAGGGAAACAAAGAUCAAAUCUAUGCCGAUUAUCCCAACAUGGUGAAAGUGUUGCAAAUUGGUGAUCGCAUCUUCAUCGACGAUGGAUUAAUUUCACUUGUUGUUGAUGGCAUCAACGGUGACACGUUGGAUUGCACCAUUGAAAAUGGAGGCAAGUUGGGAUCACAAAAAGGUGUAAACUUGCCAAAUGUUCCUGUUGACUUGCCUGCUGUGUCUGAGAAAGAUAAAUCUGACUUGUUGUUCGGUGUUGAACAAGGCGUCGACAUGAUCUUUGCUUCGUUCAUUCGCAAUGGCGCAGCUUUAGACGAGAUUCGAGGAAUUCUUGGUGAGAAGGGAAAGAACAUCAAGAUCAUCUCAAAGAUUGAGAACCAACAAGGUUUGCAGAACAUUGACGAGAUCAUUGCUAAAUCUGACGGAAUUAUGGUUGCUCGUGGUGACUUGGGAAUUGAAAUUCCACCAGAAAAAGUUUUCCUCGCCCAGAAACAGAUCACAGCUCGAUGCAAUCGUGCUGGAAAGCCUUGCAUUUGUGCAACUCAAAUGCUUGAAAGCAUGACGAACAAGCCGAGAGCAACUCGUGCUGAAAUCUCUGACGUAGCGAAUGCUGUUCUCGAUGGAGCUGACUGCACAAUGUUGUCAGGUGAAACAGCCAAAGGCGAAUAUCCACUUGAAUGCAUCACCACAAUGGCAAAGACACAAAUGGAAGCUGAAGCUGCUAUCUGGCAUAAGAAUCUUUUCCGUGACUUGGUCUCUCUCACCCCAACACCAAUUGAUGCAACUCAUUCUGUUGCCAUCUCAGCUGUCGAAGCUUCUUCAAAGACAACAGCAUCAGCAAUCAUUGUCAUCACAACUUCGGGUAGAUCAGCACAUUUAGUCUCGAAAUAUCGUCCACGUUGCCCAAUCAUUGCAGUCACAAGAUUCGAACAAACUGCUCGUCAAUGUCAUUUGUUCCGCGGUAUUUUGCCGCUCAUCUAUCAACAACCUUCUGAAAGUGACUGGUUGAAGGAUGUCGACAAUCGUGUUCAAUUUGGUAUCAAAUUCGGCAAGUCUCGGGGAUUCAUCAAAAGCGGUGAUCCUGUUGCUAUUGUCACUGGAUGGAAAGCCGGGUCCGGAUUCACAAACACAUUACGUGUUGUGUAUGUUGACGAUUCUGUCGGAACUGCGACUAAACUCAAUCACUCUGCAUCAUUGGAUCUUGGCAUGAAGGAAUCUUAAUUAACUUUAUUCGAAUGUUUAUCUUUUUGUCCCAGGAUUUUUGUGAAAAACUUACUCGAAAUAUUUUCGUCAUGUUGCCGUGAUUAAAUUUUCAUAACAUCAGAUCAACAUUUAAAUAACUUUAAUUAUUUUCUAUCUGAGUUAGCCUUCAGCUUGGAUUAAGAUUAACUUCAUCAGAUAAGGCUGAGAAAUGUUGUCAUUUGAACUUCAUCACAACUUGUUAAUGAAUGUCAAUAAAGUGAAGAAAUUUUAAAUUCGAGAAAAA